GCAGCAUCUUUGCCCUCCUUGUGGUAGGCAAAGGUUACUUAAGAUGAUGAGUGGUAAGGGACUAUAAGAGGUGGUGAAACGCUUCAUAAACAUUCAACUCUUAAGGUGUGAGGUACCAUUUACAAGAUGCCUGGGUUAAGCCAAAUUCUCCUGAGCUUCUGUAUUUUAGGAAACAUUGUCUGCGGUUCCAGGGCCUGGCUUGUAAAGAUGCCAAGCAAUAUCAAAGGAUUGCUGGGUUCCUGCCUUGUCAUCCCUUGCACUUUUGACUAUUAUCAGAAUCCACCUCUCAGACCAGAUCGGGUGGUUUGGUACCAGUAUCACAACCAUAGAUAUCCUGUAGUUUAUGACAAGUGGAACCCAAAUCAUGUCAUUGACAUGUUUCGUAGUAAAACACGGGUAUUGAAGGAAUGCAGUCUUGAAAUCAACCCAGUGACACGGCAGCACCACAGACAGAGGCUUUACCCUUGGGUAGAUCCAGAAAAUAUUGGGAAAUACACCUACCGAUUCUUUGACACAACCGUAACAAUUGAAGUAGUGAACAGGGCAGAGCCACCAAACAUUAUGAUCUAUGGAAGCAUGAAGGUUGGACAGGCCGUGACAGUGCAAUGCACGGUUUACCACACCUGUUCCACUUAUCCACCGACUCUGAGUCUCAACAUCCCACUGCAAAGCCACAACCUAAUUCAUAGCUCCAUGGCCGAUGGCACAUCCAAAACCACUUUGAUGACCACAUUGAACAUAGAGAGAGACCAGCAAACUGUGGAGUGCUCUGUCCGACACACUGGCGGUCUCACUGCAAAAGCCUCCAACACCCUAAAUGCAGCAUGCUCUUUUUCACCCUUGACCAUCAGCCACACAUCAGAUGAAUUUCUUGAGGGACAGGCAAGCAAAGUAACCUGCACUGUCUCAUAUACAUGCCCAAAACCUAUUCCAACUCUCACAUGGAACUAUGGUAGCAUGCCGGCCUCCACUGCGACCAUAAAGACUAAAAAUACUGAGUGGAGGACUGUCUCCACACUGACAUUUACAGCAUCAGCUAAAGACCAUGGACAAUCUCUGACAUGCAUUGCACGAUUCAUUGGGGGACAAAAGCAGGAAAAGAGCAUCACCCUACGGGUAAAGAGAAACAUGCUCUCUCGAGGCUGGUCCUUCACCACCCCCGGCAGCAUCACUGGCAUGAGAGGCUCAUGUAUCAUCAUUCCUUGCACAUUCUCCUACAGUAUCUCCCAACCUACUGACCUACGAGUUAUAUGGUACUUGUUCCAGAGCAAUAGGUACCCAGCUGUAUUUGACGAAAAACAAAGCAUUAUUAGUAAGUUUAACGGGAUAACUAGCUUGAUUGGAUCUGUUGGGGAGAGGAAUUGUAGUCUUAAGAUUGAGAGGCUGGAGAUGUUGCACAACCAGGACCGACUUUACCCAUGGGUAGACAAGAACCCUAUCACCUCCUACCACAGCCUGGGUCAUACAUUUUAUGAAAAAACCACUCAACUUAUUGUAUCAGACCAUGCACAGCAACCGCAGCUGAGCAUCAUUGGUAUCCCCAGGGUGGAAGAGGAGAGCACAGUGUCCUGCAAUGUGCGCCAUUCAUGUGGCUCUGCUCCCCCCACCCUGACCCUGAAUGGUAUACUUGGAAAAGAAGUGAUUACUGACACUCUGGUAUCUGAUGGGAUUUGGGAAAGUACAGUAGAGCGAACUUGGCUGGUACAAGAGGAGGAUCAGAGUGUGAAGUGUACUGUUAGUUACCGUGGUGGUCAGAAAGCCACUAGUGAGCUCAAGCUGAAUGUUGAAUGCCCAUAUGAUGAAAUCAAAAUGACUGAGCGGCCAGGUGUGUUAACGGAAGGUGUGGCAAAGUGGGUCAUUUGUUCUGUUUCCUACAAGUGUAAGAAAAAUAAACCAACCAUCGUGUGGAACUACGAAGACAUCAAGAGUUCGUUAAAAACCAAAGAGAUCUCCGGCAAUACCUAUAACUCCGUGUCAAAUCUAACUUUUAUUGGCUCUCUUGGGGAUGACGGUAAACCCUUGACCUGCACUGCUCAGUUUGCUACUGGGAAGACUUCAGACUCUGAAAUACUUCACAUAAAAAAAUAUGACAGACCAGUUGAUCCAUAUGAAAAUGACACGCUCCACGUUCUGGCUGCUGACGUCCCUUUCAGAUUCAGCGCCCUGACCCGCUCCUGUGUGGUGAUUCCCUGCAGCUUCCCGUACCAGGAGGAUGAACCUGUCACGCGUGGCAUCUGGUCCAAAAAAACUGGGAGUGUCAUAUACCAUAAUGCCCAGAGCUAUGUGGUUGACCAUUUCAAGGGCCGCACCAGAAUAUUAGGAGAUUUGAAUGAGGGAAACUGCUCAUUAGAGAUUAAUGACAUCAAGCCCUUUGACAACGGGCCCUUCUGUUUCCAUGCAGAGAAAGGAAAUAAUGAAAGACUAAGAUUCAACAAUAGCUGCGUAUUUAUUGUUAUGAAAGCAUCCCCAGGAAAACCAGUGAUGACCUCAGUUCCAGCAGAAAUCGACGCCGGUUCAACGAUUACUGUCUCGUGUUCUGUGACGCACACAUGUCCAUCACAUCCUCCAGUGUUCUCAUGGAGUGUCCCUAACCUCACCAACGAGGUCACACACACCUCGAUGCCGCAGGGCAUAUGGCAGACGACCUCCACGAUCACUUUUGUGGCUGCUGGAGGGGACGGGGCCAAAAGCCUAACCUGUACUGCCCUCUGGUGGGGCGACAAGCAGCAAGCCCACACAGUCCAGCUGACUGUCAAGGGAUUAAGCUCUUGGCCAGUAGCCAUUGCAGUGUCAGCUCUAGUGCUGAUUGUAAUCAUCCUAGCUGCAGUGUUUGGAGUGGUCUUCUGUAGGAGAAGGAAGUGCUCUGAUGACUCACUGAGACCACCACCUCGACCAGAGAAAAGGAGAUCACUCUGGGAUAGAGUAUCCAGGGGGUCCAUUUGGAGACGAUUUUCCCGUAGAACGGUAGAUGGCCAUGUUGACUGGGAAAAUCAGAGGGAACCUAGAAACCAAGGCAACACUGUGAACUACAGUGUUGGCUACUUAAACGGCACCACAACUGUGAACUGUGACACUCAACUGUCCAAACAACGCUUUCCAUCACCGAAGGAUAACCGGAGACCUCCUCACUCUGUCAGGCCGGUGGUUAGUAAUGCUGUGGAUUUCCAUGUCUAUGGCAACUAUUGAGUUCUUCAAGACAUCUUGGAAUCAUCACAUGCUUCCAGGACGUGUUGCUGUUUAUUAUUUUACAAUCGUACACAUACUUCACAUUACAUGUUGUGGGAAGUGAUGUUCGGCUUGCAUUUAAACUUGCUUUAUUUUAAUGUGCAAUUUGGAAGAUACGGCCAAAAUAUAAAAAAACUAUUAAAAGCCCUUCCUGUCUUGUUAGGCCACUUGUUCCUCAAUAGGUGAUAGUGAGUUGCUGUGACGUCUGCCUUUAGUCUGGAGGAUAAAUUAUGAGUGCUUCCCUGUGGGUUGUUAAUAACACAUCCACGGUCUGUGCACGUGUAUUCUUGCCCUGCUGUUAGUUAGUAGUACUGGCUUCUGUUUUUUUAACUGAUGACUGUAAAUUCAAAUAUGGAGUCAGCGGUAGAGGGGUAAUGCUGCCCCCUAUUUCUUUGGCGCAUGUGGCAAUGGCUUACACAGUGCACCUUUUUAAAGAAUGCAUAUCAGCUGUAAAAUAAACAAAAUAAUACAUUUUGUUACAAUUGUUUGUGUUUUGCAUACAAUUCCAAUGUGAUUUGUCAAGCUGUAAAGGACUGAGCGGAAUCUACCUCUACCCUGGCUCCACCCACUCUCACAUGACUGUUGGGAGCAGGUAUGGGAAGCCACACACCUGUAGCUGAUCUCCUCAUGAAGGGAGAACAAAGGACAAUCGCGGGGUUCAUUUUGGAUGGCACAUGCCAGUUAUAUACAACUAUCAAAAACACAUCUAAAGAAGGUUACAGACUCAACCCUGGGCACAGAGUUGCAAAAGGCCCCACCACCUCUCCUACAUCUGAGUAAAACACACUUCAUAGUAUUUGUGUCUCUUUUUGGUUGUUUGUUCCCUUUUCAUAGUCGUGAGACGUGUUGUGGUCUCUUUGCAGUUGUUUUGCAUCUCUUUGUCUUUUUGGUUCACAUGCAACCUCAUUCACAUGCAACCAAUUAUUCAUACCCAUUCAUAUAGCUAUGGCACAACCUUCGGGCCGCGGAUCGAACCGCCGAUCCUCUAAUUCACAUGUGUCAAACUCAA